UGCGCUGUCUUUUGGCCGACAUCACCCCUGGGCAGGCUAAAGAAUGGUCUGGGGAACGGAGGUACUAAACAAUGAAAGACCCGGGAGAAUAUGGAUGGGAAGGGGAGGAGGGAUGAGAGGCGAGUUUGUACGAUACACUUUUCCAGUCUUCAACUCGAGACAAAAUUCAUGCCUAGUACCUACCGACUUGGUGACGACUACAACACACAAGUGCUCAUUCUCUUUUCGAAUUCCCAUCAAUUAGCCUCUUCCACCAUCCAGCCAUUCUUCACAUACACAAAAUAGAAGGCAUCCCCAACCCCAUAACCACUAGGUCACAUUCACCACCACCAAAACAACCACCAUGGCGCCCCCAACACCACCCAUCCUCAACGGCCACUCUGAGACCGUCAUCGCCCAAACCUGCCAAACCUACAACCUAACCCCCUCCGAAUUCGCCCAGCUGCGCGACCGCGCCGUAGCCGCCAAGGCCACCUCGUACAGUCCCUACAGCAAGUUCCGGGUCGGCGCCGUUUUGCUGUCCAACGGCAAGGUCGACGCCGUCACGGGAGAGAGGUCAUCAUCAGAGGGAACAUACACGCCGGGAGCCAACGUGGAGAACGCCAGCUACCCCGUGACCACGUGCGCGGAGCGGGUGGCCUUCGGUAGGGCGAUUACCGAGGGACACCGCGGGUUCAAGGCGGUGGCAGUGGCGACGGAUAUUAGCCCGCCUGCUAGUCCUUGUGGCAUGUGUAGGCAGUUUAUCCGCGAGUUUUGCGAAUUGAGCAUGCCUAUUCUCAUGUUUGAUAAAGAUGAGAAUUUCAGUGUUUUGCGGCUUGAAGAUCUUCUCCCAUUGUCGUUUGGCCCUGAUCAGAUGGGUAUUGAGGGCGCUGCUUAACUGUUUCCACAUGAUGGUCUCAGGGAAAGACACAGAAGAGUCUCACAAUCAUGUACACUUGAUCAACUUAGGUGUCAGGAGCCGAGCGGAGCGGACAGUUCAGGGAGUCAGGAUCAUGUAAACAUUAGGGGCAAAGCCCCAUGUAUUCUUCAUGACGCAGUUUGCACUCAUACUUGUAGACGUUCCAGC